UAAGCAAGGAUAGCAGACACACAAAAAGGAUUCAAAGUCUUCCGUUUUUGGCAAACGAACAUUUUGUUUUAAUAGUUGCCAGGAUGUGACGUCAUUAUCACGCGACCAGACACUUCAACGGUUCCUCAUGAGCACGGGACCGAUUUCUUUCUACAACAAGUCUUGAAAUUGCAUGCUACUUCUGCCAAGUUAUUGCAACCUGAAGUUUCUUGUUGACAGUCAUGGCAACAGAGGGGGUGGAAAAGACGAGUGAAGAUGCUCCAGCAGCUGGAAAGGCCAGCACCAGGUAUGACCUGGAAAAGGAGACUGAACUUCGCUUUGAGGUGGAGUCGGGGGAAGCAGCUGAACAAGUUGAACUGGAGCUCCUCACAGGAAUGGCUGAGGUGUUUGGCUCCGAGCUAAACCGAAACAAAAAGUAUACAUUUGGACCAGGCUCCAAGAUUGCGGUUUUCACUUGGCAAGGCUGCAGUGUGAAUCUUUAUGGGAAGCCAGAGGUUGCUUAUGUGUCCAAGGAUACACCCAUGCUGCUCUACCUAAACACACAUGCAGCCCUUGAACAGAUGAGAAAACAAGCAGAGCGUGACAAUGAGAGAGGACCAAGGGUGAUGGUGGUGGGACCGACAGAUGUUGGGAAGUCAACGGUGUGUCGGAUGCUUCUCAGCUAUGCUGUGAGGGUUGGAAGGAGGCCAACAUUCGUGGAACUGGAUGUUGGACAGAGCGGGGUGUCUGUACCCGGCACAGUGUCAGCGCUCUGCAUCGAGCGUCCAGCGGAUGUGGAGGAGGGUUUCUCAGUCCAGGCUCCUUUGGUGUACCACUUUGGCUCUACUAGUCCAGGGACCAACAUCAAACUUUACAACAAGCUGACAUCGUGCCUGGCUGAGGUGUUUUCCCAGCGCUGUGAAGUGAACAGGAAAGCCAGCGUAGGAGGCUGCAUCAUCAACACCUGUGGCUGGGUGAAGGGCUCUGGAUACCAGGCUCUGGUCCACUGUGCGUCAACCUUUCAGGUGGAUGUGGUUCUGGUGUUGGACCAUGAAAGGCUCUACAAUGAACUCAAAAGAGACCUCCCUCACUUUGUGCGGGUUGUGCUCCUACCCAAGUCCGGGGGAGUCGUGGAACGCUCCAAGGAGUGUCGGCGGGAUACUCGGGAUGAGAAGAUCCGCGAGUAUUUCUACGGCUUCCGUGGAGUCACUUUCUACCCCUUUUCUUACGAAGUGCGUUUCUCAGACGUUCGCAUCUACAAAAUCGGCGCUCCAUCCAUCCCGGACUCAUGCCUGCCACUGGGAAUGUCCCAGGAUGACACACAGCUAAAGCUGGUGCCUGUUACUCCAGGAAGAGACCUCACAUACCAUGUCCUAAGCGUGAGCAGCGCUGAGGAUGGAGAUGAAGGUGCCAGAAAGGGCAUAGUGGAGAGUCCGGUGUGUGGCUUUAUUGUGGUGACUCAUGUAGAUACUCAGGCACAGGUGAUGAAGGUGCUCUCCCCAGCACCUAGACCCCUGCCCAGGCAUACUCUGCUCAUCAUGGACAUUCGCUUCAUGGAUAUGAAAUGAAGCAGGCCCUCAGAGGAGAGGACUUGGAGGGAAGACGUCCUGCUGGGUUACCUUUUUAUUUUAAGGAUAUCUUGUUUGUACUUUACAGAGAAAACUAUUUAAGUGUUGAAAUUCAGAAUGCACCAGUUUUUUGGGGGGGGGUUGAUGUUAAUCCAGUUUUUAGCCUGUUUCAUACAUUUUAUGAUUUAAUUUCUACUUACUCAACAAUAAGAUGAUAGAAGCAGUUUUUUAUACUGAAGAUUUUUGGUUUAAUGGCACAGAAGAUGGAAUUAAAUAAGACAAAACAUUACUCUCCACACCAACCAUUGGCCAAUUUGUUAUGUUAAUUAUCAAUUUUAGCAUCAGCUGGGAAUUGGUGCAUCCCUAAUAGAAAUUGAAAGCAGCUGUAAAUUCUAGACCACACUGUCUGUAGAAAAGGAUGUUUUAUCAAAGCAACGAAAAAAUACUUUUCUUCAUAAUCUGUUUCAUAAAGAUUUUUUCCUCUUGAGUAAUAAAUUUUUAAAUGUAAAAA